UUGUACUGGUUUUGUGGUUGUGGAUGGAGGGUUGUGUGUCUCCAGCUCUGGUCCGGGACUCCGGCUCUGCUGAUGUCAGACAGGGAGGGGUCAUAUGGGGGUCAGCGGAGGAGUUCAUGGAGAGUUCACCCGCAUACAUUAGGUAACAGCAUCUCUGCUGUGACAUAACGAGUAUGAAGCAGGUUGUGUUGAGACAUCCGUCAAUAAAGAUGAGAUAAGAAGAAGUAGAAAUCGCCAACAAACUUUGUUAUGCAAAACAGGCUGCAGGUCUGUGUUUUCUGGAGGAUGAAAACAUGACAUGACCGCUCCUGAGUGUCUGUGGGAAACACCUCGUGUAUAGGUCUGAUCCGGAUCCACGCCCCUCUCGGGCUCAUGUAUGGAGGAGAGUUGAGCGGACAGAGCUGAAACACGGUUUACAUCAAGUCCAAACACACUGUGCACUAAGCCGGAUCAUCCACGUCUCCAACCGGAUCCGCCCGCGCCAUCAUGUUUGACUAUAUGGAAUUCCAAGCUUUCGGUCCCGGAGAAAUCCUCGACUUCUACACGUCCAGCCCUGCUGCAUGUGGGCUGCAGGACCAGGACCAGGACUUGGCUGCCUACUUACCCGAGCUGAUCGAGGCGGACUGGCAGGACCACCGCUGCUCCCAGUCAGUGGGAAGCCAGAGCUCCAGCUCCAGCUCCAGCUCCAGUUCCAGCUCCAGCUCCAGCUCCAGCUCAGAUGACCUGUUCACCUGCCCCCCCUCUCCUCCACCGCCUCCUCGCACUUAUAAACCCUGUUUUGUGUGUCAGGACAAGUCGUCCGGAUACCACUAUGGAGUCAGCGCCUGUGAAGGCUGCAAGGGCUUCUUCCGUCGCAGCGUUCAGAAAAACAUGGUAUACACCUGCCACCGUGACAGAAACUGCAUCAUCAACAAGAUCACCAGGAACCGCUGUCAGUACUGUCGCCUGCAGAGGUGCUUUGCUGUUGGAAUGUCCAGAGAAUCAGUGAGAAAUGACAGAAACACGAGGAAGGGGAAGAAGGAAGCUGUGAAGAUGACCAUCAUGGAGACAUAUGAGCUGACAGCGGAGCUUGGUCUGAUUGUGGAGAAGAUCUGCAGGGCUCACAGAGAGACCUUCCCCUCACUGUGCCAGCUGGGGAAAUACACCACGCACUCCAGCUCAGACCAGAGGAUCCAGCUGGACCUGGGCCUUUGGGAUAAGUUCAGUGAACUUGCCACCAAGUGUAUCAUCAAGGUAGUGGAGUUCGCCAAGCGAGUGCCAGGGUUCACCGGACUGUCCAUCGCCGACCAGAUCACACUGCUCAAAGCCGCCUGCCUCGACAUCCUGAUUUUGAGGAUUUGCACUCGCUACACUCCAGACCAGGACACCAUGACCUUCUCAGAUGGGUUGACCUUAACCCGCACACAGAUCCACAAUGCUGGAUUUGGACCGCUGACAGACCAGGUUUUCACAUUUGCCGGCCAGCUGCUGCCGUUGGAAAUGGACGACACAGAGAGCGGCCUCCUCAGCGCCAUCUGCCUCGUCUCUGGCGACCGACAGGACCUGGAGGAGCCCUCUAAGGUGGAGGUGCUGCAGGAACCCCUUCUGGAGGCUCUAAAGAUCUACUCACGCAAACGGCGACCCAGCAUGCCGCUCAUGUUCCCAAAAGCCCUUAUGAAGAUCACUGACCUCCGCAGUAUCAGCGCCAAAGGGGCCGAGCGGGUGGUGACACUGAAAAUGGAGAUCCCAGGCUCCAUGCCACCGCUGAUCGAGGAGAUGCUGGAGGAUCUGCAGAACCUAGAACGGGACCAGAGGAAACAGUCACAGGAGAGCAGAGUGGAGCAAAACAGCGAUAGCCAGCAUGUUCAUGCCAUCUCCACGCAGUACAUAAACUCCUCGACCAGCUUCUUGUUCUGACGCCUCCAAGAACACUGGCUCUGUGUGAAAUGCAUACUACAUUCCAGGUUGCAGUGGGUUUAUUAGCAUUUUACCUGAGUGUCUGGUCACAAAACAGUUGAAUUAAAGAGGAGAUCCAGUUGUUACACUAACAACCUCCCCCAAUUAAUCACAGUUCUGCGUGUUAGUGGGGAAAAGAAAGUGAUGCAGUAAAGCUAUAAUCUCUGUUUUCGUAUGUAACUUCUGCAACAAGGCAACAGAUUCCUCAUAACUUCCUCCACUGCCUCCAGGUUUCUACUGUAUUUAUAUUUGCAUGAGAUAUCACAAUUAUUAACUUUUUACCUCAUUGAAUAACAAGACAUAUAGUGGUAGGCUAGGAGAGUGUAAAAAAAAAAAGAUUUAAAUCAAUUUCUUUUUAGCUUUGUACUUGUUGAGUCUUUUUUUUAUCUGUACAAAAGGGAAAUGUGACUGAAAAAUGACAUGAACGAAUGUUUGUAACAACAGGCAUUUAUUAACGUUUACAGUUUGAUGUAGGUGAGUUUGAGCACAUGGAAUGCAGUUGAAUAGCUGUUAGACUGAGGAAAACACUUAUGAAGACACACAAGUACCCUCUUACACAAUGUCACACAAAAUAAUCAGAGUACAAAAAGACUUUUGUGCCUGAAAUAUCUUAAAAAUGCAGCUUCAUUAGGCUUAAGAAGAAACUACAGAGGUUCAAAAAGCUGCUCCUGUACUAGAAUGUGUGCCUAUGCUAAAUGUGUCAUUUCUGUGCAGCUGAUAUCACUCAGAGGACCUUCAUAGAAUAUUCUUUUGUUGCAAAAUAGAUCACAUUUCAUAUCUCUGUUGUUGAUCUAUUAAAGUCUUCUGAACUGGA